AUGCCCCGCUCACGGCAACCCGCUCGGUUCUCGAGCGAAGCUCCUUCCGAGUCGUCAUCCUCGUCAUCCCCGGACCGGAACGUUGAUGACGACACCGAUUUCUUCACAGUCCAGGCAAAUGAUUCGCAAUCGUCUGUUGGUGGUAUCGCAACCUCCCGUGACGUGCACUCCCAAAAUGAGCAUUAUGUGCUUCCGCCGAUCGGACGUCUUCCCCCGGAAAUCCUGAUCGCCAUAUUUGCAAAGCUCAGCUCGCCGGCCGACAUGUUGAGCUGCAUGCUGGUGUGUCGAGGAUGGGCUGCUAAUUCUGUUGGAAUACUAUGGCACCGACCGUCUUGCAGCAACUGGGUCAAUAUGAAGAGCAUUACGACAACAGUUGGGAAAGAAGACAGUUUCUUCUCGUACUCCGACCUGAUCAAGAGGUUGAAUCUUUCUGCCUUGAUGGAGGAGGUCAGCGACGGCACUGUUGUCCCCUUCGCACAAUGUAACCGGAUCGAGCGGUUGACAUUGACCAAUUGCUCGAAACUUACAGACAAGGGAGUAUCGGAUCUAGUAGAAGGCAAUCGACAUUUGCAAGCCCUAGAUGUCUCGGAUCUGCGCUCUCUUACGGAUCACACUUUAUACACGGUGGCCAGGAACUGUCCUCGGCUCCAGGGGCUCAACAUCACCAACUGUAUCAAAGUGACAGAUGACUCGUUAAUCGUCGUAUCGGAGAACUGUCGACACAUUAAAAGAUUGAAACUUAAUGGUGUCAUACAAGUUACGGACAGAGCGAUUACGUCGUUUGCUCGCAACUGCCCGGCUAUCCUUGAGAUCGACCUGCACGACUGCAAGUCUGUCACCAAUCGUUCCGUAACUUCCCUCAUGGCUACCCUUCCCAACCUCCGCGAACUGCGGCUCGCGCAUUGCACAGAGAUAGACGAUCUAGCAUUCCUGGAACUCCCAAAGCAACUCUCUAUGGACAGUCUCCGUAUACUUGAUCUGACGGCGUGUGAGAACAUCAGAGACGACGCUGUAGAGCGCAUAGUUAGCUCGGCCCCUCGCCUACGGAAUCUUGUGCUUGCCAAAUGUAGAUUUAUCACCGACCGUGCGGUGUGGGCUAUAUGCAAGUUGGGAAAGAACUUGCAUUACGUUCAUCUGGGCCACUGUUCGAAUAUCACCGAUGCAGCUGUGAUCCAGCUUGUGAAGUCCUGCAAUCGGAUCAGAUACAUUGACUUGGCUUGUUGCGUUCGCCUGACGGACCGGAGUGUUCAGGAGUUAGCAACGUUGCCGAAACUGCGGCGGAUCGGUCUGGUCAAGUGCACCUUGAUCACCGACCGCAGUAUCUCGGCACUAGCACGGCCGAAGGCCUCACCCCAUUCAUCCAUCAGUAGCCUGGAGAGAGUUCAUUUAAGCUAUUGUGUUAAUUUGACCAUGCCUGGAAUCCACGCUCUACUCAACAAUUGUCCUCGACUCACCCACCUCAGUCUGACCGGAGUGCAGGAAUUCCUGCGGGACGAGCUCACCAAAUUCUGUCGCGAGGCGCCUCCGGAAUUCACGCACCAGCAGCGACAAGUGUUCUGUGUAUUCAGUGGUGACGGCGUCAAGCAACUCCGCGACCACCUGAACCGAACCGUCCCCCCGGCUCCGGAAAUGAACGAGGCUACCAUGUAUGACGAUGACGAAGAACUGGACGAGGACGAGGGCCAAGUGACUGGCCUGAUGCAUGCGACAGCAAUUAACGACGACGAUGACGACUAUAUUGACAUUGGACAUCCUCAAGGUCGACAUCUAAUGGCUUCCCUCCGAUUGCCGCGGGCCAACCCGUUGGCAUUCACUCGCUGGCCUGUUACUGUUAUCACUGCGAUCGUGUAUCUGGCGCUGCUGAUCCCAUUGCUGCUCGUGCACCAUGUUGUACCUUCCGCUCCUAGCUCCCCACCUAGAGGUCUGAACAUCUCGGAAGCUUGGGCUGAUCUUCAAGUCCUAACAAACGGCUUUCAUCCAUACAAUUCGCGCCGGAAUGAUGUCAUCCACUCUUGGCUACUGAGACGGAUCAACGAGAUCCUGGACGCCACGCCUUCGGAGCAGGAGUACCGAUCUGUUGACGAGAAAAAGCCGGAUGUCUUUGUCUUCGAUGACGUGUACUCAAACCUGACCACUUAUGGGGGCACCCUGAAGGAUGCAGAUCUCGGCGUCUAUUUCGAAGGGACCAAUGUCAUCGUUUACAUCCGUGGGUCGGAAGAUGACGCAGAACACUGGUGGGAAGCACCCAACGGGGUACCGACAAGCUGGGGAGGCGUGCUUGUAAACUCGCACUAUGAUAGUGUCUCGACCGGUUUCGGGGCUACCGAUGAUGGCGUCGGCGUUGUGACUUGUCUUCAGCUCGUCAAGUACUUCACUACGCCGGGACAUGCUCCGCGGCGAGGUCUCGUGGUGCUGUUUAACAAUGGCGAGGAAGAUUUCCUGAAUGGCGCGCGCGUCUAUAGUCAACAUCCGAUCUCGAAGUUGCCUCAUACUUUCCUUAAUCUGGAGGGCGCGGGAGCUGGUGGACGGGCGACUCUGUUCCGGAGCUCCGAUUUCGAGGUCACGGCCCCGUAUAUGCGGUCACCGCAUCCUUUCGGAUCAGUGCUCAGUGCCAAUGGGUUCGAUAUCGGAUUGAUUGCUAGUCAGACAGAUUAUGUGGUCUUUCAAGGGAACUUGGGUUUGCGUGGCCUAGAUGUUGCCUUCAUGGAGCCCAGAGCGAGGUAUCAUACAAAUCAGGAUGAUACUCGGCAUACAAGCAGAGACUCAGUCUGGCAUAUGCUGUCGGCGGCUGUGGCCACGACUGAGGGACUUGUAUCCGACACGAGCAAUCGUUUCGACGGUGCGCCGAACACCGAUGGCGGCGUUCCCAGCGGAUCUGGCUCCAAGGCUGUCUGGUUUGACCUUUUCGGAAGCACCUUUGUGCUCUUCCAGCUCCACACGCUGUUCGCACUGCUGGUGACAUUGCUUAUCGUCGGGCCCCUUACGUUGCUCUUUACGAGCAUCGCCCUUACGAAAGCGGACAAGAUGUAUCUGUUCAGGUCAUCAGCAAAGUCCGAAGACCGUUUCGAUGUGGUCCCUCUACAGGGCUUUCGGGGCUUCUUCCGCUUUCCGUUUCUCUUUGGAAUCCCGACCGUCGUCGCUGUGGGCCUGGCGUAUUUGGUUACCAAGGUCAACCCGUACAUCAUUCAUAGUAGUGCUUAUGCAGUCUGGAGUAUGAUGGUGGCUGCAUGGGUUUUCUUGGCCUGGUUCGUUUCUCGUGUGGCCGACUUUGCUCGCCCGUCGGCCUUCCAUCGUAUUUACACCCUGACAUGGAUGUAUGUUCUCUCCUGGGUUUCUGCGGUGAUUGCUACUGUGUAUGCCAGCCAAAGGGGUCUGGCCGGUGGGUAUUUCAUCUUCUUUUUCCAUGCCGGUAUUUUCUUAGCCACAUGGAUCUCCUACUUGGAGCUCUUUGCCCUGCCGUCCAAAACGGAGUAUGCGAGCCAGCUCAGGCCAGCUUCAGGACGGAUCAGUGGCCAUGGUAGCCGUCGGGGUACGACUUCCGGCGAGGACGACGGAGAGGAGGCGGAAGAAGAGCCAACAGAGUCAACGUCCCUGCUGGGCAGUGGGCAGCGGACUACGUUCGCAAAUUACGUGCGAGUGGGUGGAGAUAAUCAUGCGGUGGCAGAAGAGGAGGUGGUCGAUCCCAACGUCUAUGGCCGCGAACAAGCAUGGAGUUCUGCAUUGCCCAAAUGGACGUGGGUCUUGCAGCUUCUUCUCACUGCUCCGAUUACCCUUAUCAUGGUCGGGCCCCUUGCGCUCCUGACGAUCAGUGCCAUCAGUCAGACAGGGCAGGACGGGGGUUAUCCGCUUUUUGCCUACAUCGCCAUCGCCAUAUUCACGACGAUUAUGCUCACGCCGCUUCUACCUUUCAUCCACCGGUAUACCUACCACAUCCCCUUGUUCCUGCUAGCGGUCUUCCUGGGUACCCUGGUCUACAAUCUCGUGGCUUUCCCCUUCUCAGAUUCCAGCCGGUUGAAACUUUACUUUGUACAAGAGGUAGACCUCGAUACUGGCGUCAACAGCGCCACCUUCGCUGGACUUUCUCCGUUUGUUAAAGAUGUAUCCCAGGAGCUGCCCAGCGCCGCCGGCCAAGACAUUACCUGUGACUGGCACACUAAGAGAAGGAACCUGCUGUCCUGCUCCUGGGAAGGGAUUGCUCCGCAGCCAGUGGAGGGCGACCACCCGAUGAAAGACUGGGUGUCUUUCAAUAUCUCCAAGUCCACCGAUAAGCCGCAAGCUCGGUUCGAGGUAUCUGGAAUGAACACGCGUGCAUGCAGGAUCGUCUUCGACACACCAGUGAAGAACUUCCACGUUGCCGGGUCUGCAUAUGACCCGCGCUUCCCGUAUGACGCGGCCGGCGUCAACGAGAUCCGACUCUGGAGUCGCAGCUGGGAGAACCAAUGGACGGUGGAUGUGGACUGGGACGAGGGAGCUCUGAAAGGCAAUGUCGUCUGUCUGUGGAGCGAUCAUAACCAGCCGGGAGUUAUUCCGGCGUUGGACGAGGCCAUUCAUGAUGGGCUUGUGGAGGGUCGUCGUGCAUUUGAGAUCGGCAAUAAUGAUUGA